AUGUUUUCGCGAAAUAGAACCAACGGCAGUUGGACCGUGAUAAGACUUUCAUUACAAAGGUUUCAUACAACAAAUAGAUAUUCUUAUUUUAAGCAAUUGAAAGUCAGACUAAGAGAUUCUGAGGGAAAGUACAUAAGAAGUCUCAAACGCAACACAACAUCGAUGGUAUCAGUAUUACGGAAUGGAAACCAAUUGAGUUCACCAUUGAAUAAAGGGUUUGGUAAUACAUUAUGGCGAUAUUUUAAUUCUCCAUUCAAUGUAGUGUUUAUGACUACUAAUAUUUUUGCUUUUGCUGGUAUUGUAGCGUUUAGUACAUUGAUUGAUAUUCGUCAUCUCCAUAACACUGCUAAAAUAGAAAAUAAUAAUCAUAAUCAUUAUGGCCAAGAACAUCAAUUAUCCUCAUCAGAUAAUUAUGUUUUAGCUAAUCCAAGUAAUGUAAGGAGACAUAUGUAUCCUAUGAUUACCACAUUAACACCUAGUAGCCUGGGUGUUCCAGAGUUACCUAUUGAUAUAACUGAUGAGUCUAUUUCUGCCAGACAAGAAACUCAAGAUAAAACUUUGGAGAUGUUAGAAAGAAAAGUUAGCGAAAAGACUAAAGAACUAGAAGAAAUGGAGGCCAGCACCCCAUUGAAAACUUAUACCGUAGAUGAUAUUGAGGUAAACAGUAAAAACAAAAGGGUUGUGGAUUUUAAUUCUACCAAGAUUAAAGCAGCAUUGUUCAAUAUGAUGUACUCUUUUAAAAUAUAUGAAGAUAUCAUAAUUGAUACACAAUCCAAUAAAACACACCACAAAUCAUGGUUUGAAGAAUUAUUACAUUUUCGAAAUAAACAAAAGGAUAGCUUGGCAACUGACUCUUCCAAGAUAGGUUCAUCUUCUUUCAGACCUACUGUGACAAAUUUUUAUGAUACAUGGAGAUCCGAAUAUCAAAAGAUAGAACCUCAAGAUGGUCAAAUAAUUGAAAAUUUUACAUUACCAAAUUGGUCGCAAUAUCCUUUACCUCUCAAGGACUCUUGUAAUAAGUUGUAUGAAAAUAAAAUGGGUGGUAUUGAUGAUUUCAAAUCUUUUUAUAAUAGUAUAAAAUCCAAUAAAUUUAAGAAAUUGAUUAGAAUGUGGUAUUAUGAUAAUUAUAAAAUGAUCAAAAGUCCUCGUUCCAAUGAUCCCAAGGUCAUGGCUCAAAGAGAAACUUUUUAUAAUGAAUUGUUGAAGGACUCUAUUCACGAUCCACCAACGUUUGUCAAAUAUGCAUCAAUUGUAUUGAAUCCAUGUAACCCACGUAAGGAUAUGCUCUUUAACAAGAUAAAAUUAGAUGAUAAUCAAAUGUUACAAAACCAAGGAAGUAAUAUUCCUGUGGUACAAAUAGAGACAAUCUUAAAUAUUCUUCAAGGAUAUUUAACUUUACAAGAGGAAAAGAAAAGGACUAAGAUCUUAAAUUAUAAUGACACAUAUUUGCGUAUUGUGCAUAUGAUUAAAGAAAAUGGAUAUUUAACUGAACAAGGUAAUAUUGGGAUCCAAUUAUGUCCCGAUGAUCAGGUAAUUUAUUCACAUCGAAAGUGGCUCUCUAAGAAUAGGCAGGAUCCUAAACUGUAUGACGAACUGGGGAAAGAUCCCCGUGUCUUGCAGUUGUUGAGCCAGAUAUCAUCAUAA